AUGGCCCCGCAAGAUACCUUCAUCGACGAGGAGGAUGACACCUGCCCUCUUUGCAUCGAGCAGCUGGACCUUUCCGAUCGUAACUUCCGGCCAUGCCCAUGUGGCUAUCAAAUAUGCCAGUUCUGUUUUAACAACAUCAAGACCAACAUGAAUGGUCUUUGCCCUGCAUGUCGUAGACCCUAUGACGAAAAGACCAUUCAGUGGAAAGUUGUUACUACGGAGGAAGUCGCCGAGUUCCGCGCAAACAUACAGAAGAACCAGAAGAAACGAGCUGCCGAGCAGCGCCAGAAAGAGGUUCAAAAACGCGAGGCGGAGAAAGAGAACCGUAAAAACCUGGUUGGUGUCAGGGUCGUCCAGAAAAACCUUGUUUAUGUGACAGGCUUGACGCCGACUGGCAGCGAAGACGAGCUUCUCAAGACACUGCGAAAACCCGAGUUUUUUGGUCAAUACGGAAACAUCCAGAAAAUCUCGAUCAGCAACCGCCGGAGCUCGGAUGGCCAAAACCAAUCCCUGGGCAUUUACGUUACCUUUGAGAGGAAGGAAGAUGCCCAGCGUUGUAUCGCCGCCGUCAACGGCUCGCAAAACGGGGACAGAGUACUAAAAGCACAACUGGGCACUACCAAGUACUGUUCGGCUUGGCUGAGACACGAGCAAUGUUCUAACCGGCAGUGCAUGUUCCUCCACGAGCAGGCUGACGAGGAUGAUAGUUACACGCGGCAGGACUUGUCGUCGAUGAACAGCAUUCACACACAGCGGCCCCUUUCAAACGCCGCUGGCUCGUCGUCGCGAACGUCCUCCAGACAGCAAACCCAAACUCCUGCGCCUAGCAGCCAGACCCAACCAUCGUCACAGGCCAUGGCCCGCGCUGGAAGCAAGGAAGGCUCCGACAAUGGGGACUCGUCUGCCCUGCCUUCCUCGGCCAACUGGGCUCGCAAUCCUCAGGUUCGUAGCAGGCGUGGAAGUCAUGCAACUAGCGGGGCGGCUUCAAGCCCUGCAGUGUCCAUGUCUCUGCCGGCGACCGUAGAGGCCCCGCAGGAGCCCGUGGAGGAGUCAUCGCAAGGGGAUUCAGAAACUGCUCAAGCACAGCCGCCGACGGAACCAGUGCAAAGCCCUUCGAGAACGUCUACUCAGGCCGCCGACGAGUCGAUGCCCAGGCGAUUCGACGAUGCUACCAUCGAAUAUAUCAAGGCUAUCGGGGGUGGCUCCACGCAGCUCCGUCUCAUGGAACCUUUCUCACUUUCAGCAUAUCCGCCUCUGUUCGACUCUCGGGGCGGGGAGAAGAGGAGAGUGCUGGGUGAUGAAGACGAGACUCGCGUCAGCGGUGUGGCAGAGGCCCUGGAUAACCAAGACCUCUCAGAGGGAGAGCCUGAACAGGGUGGUAGCCAUGCCCUUGGUGGAGAACCUGAAGACCGUGAUAUUGGUCUUGAUAGCGCCUUUGACCAACACAGGCCUGGAACUCAACCCCCAAUCCAGAGGACAGGCAACUCGGAGGGCAUCUUUGGACCCGCUAUCGGUUCCAACUAUAUGCCAUCAUCAACUGCAGGGUCUCUAGGUGGACGUUCGAUGACUCCUCAACAGCAGCAGCAACUUUUCUCACGCCCGCAGGCCGCAUUCGCCGACCACCUUCCUCCUGGUAUCGGGGCGGCUCAGACAUCGCUUUUCCAGGGACAGGGGCAGGGCCAGGCUCACAACCGCCAAGGCUCCAGGUACAGUUUUGCAAACGACAACGGAGCUGGUUCCUCGACAUCGGUCAAACUGGCUGCGAACCCCAGAGCGAUGGCUCAGCAGUCGUCCAUGAUGCCCUCGUCAUCAUCCUUCCACUCACAGCCUGCUAGUCAAUAUUACGCUACUUCUAUCUCUGGCCCGCCGCCGGGCCUCAAGUCGACCGGCACACCACCGAACCUCUUUGGUGCACAGGGGCACGCAUUCGGCGGCUCUUCUGCGUUUGGAAGCGUGGGCGUAUCCAAGGAAUCCAACAACGAUCUUCUCCAGUCGAUCAUGCGCGGCCGUGGUGGACAGAGUGCCGCAGGUCACGACGCUGGAAAGCUAGAUCUUGCGGACCCGAGUAUCCUGCAAGCGCGAAUGCAGCACCAGACCAAUGUCAACGUCGGACAGGGAAUGUUCGGGGGUCAGUCGCAAGGUGGGUACAAUCCGAUGCCCUACGGCCAGGGUUACAACAGGGGAUGGUAG